GAGGUUAGCCUUCCAACAGGCAGCCGCCGGCACAGCAGGCAGCUGGCACAGCAGGCAGCCGGCACAGCAGGCAGCCACCGGCACAGCAGGGCCAGGAAGCAUCCAAGAGGCAGAGCACACCUGUUUGCCUACCAGAAUGAGGAAGGAGAACAAAGGCACAGGGACAUCUCUGCCCAUGCCGAACACAGAAGGGCGCCUCCAGCCCACCCUGGUCCUGGCUACCCUAAGUGCAUCCUUUGGCUCUGUCUUCCAGUAUGGCUACAACAUUACCGUGAUCAACACGCCACACAAGGUCAUGAAGUCGUUUUACAAUGACACAUACUUUGAGCGUCAUGGAACCUUCAUGGAUGAGAAUACCCUGCUGCUCCUGUGGUCCUGCACUGUCUCCAUGUUCCCUCUGGGAGGCUUGUUGGGGUCCCUCAUUGUUGGCCUGAUGGUCAAUAAGUGGGGCAGAAAAGGAACACUGCUGAUCAACAAUGUCUUCGCUAUAACCUCUGCCAUCCUGAUGGGAACCAGCAAAGUGGCCCGGUCUUUUGAGCUGAUCAUCUUGUCUCGAGUGCUGGUGGGAAUCUGCGCAGGCAUCGCCUACAGUGCUCUUCCCAUGUACCUGGGAGAACUGGCCCCCCGGAACCUGAGGGGUACGUUAGGGACGAUGACCGAGGUGUUUUGCGUCGUUGGAAUCCUCCUGGGACAGAUCUUCAGCCUGCAGGACAUCCUGGGCAAUGCCACAGGCUGGCCAAUCCUCUUGGCUCUCACGGGAGUCCCUGCACUGAUUCAGCUCUUCUCGCUGCCCUUCUUCCCCGAGAGCCCGCGCUACACUCUGAUUGAGAAAGGAGACGAGGACGCGGCCAGACAAGCUCUAAGGAGGCUGCGAGGUCACAGCUACGACGUGGAGGCCGAGAUAGAAGAAAUGCGCACAGAGGAACGCACUGAGCAAGCGGAGGGUCGCCUGUCCGUGUUCAACCUCUUCACCUUUCGGCCCCUGCGCUGGCAGCUGAUCUCUAUCAUCGUGCUCAUGGCCGGCCAGCAGCUUUCUGGGAUCAAUGUGGUCCACUACUAUGCAGACAUCAUUUAUACGUCGGCUGGCGUGGACCCCACCAAGUCCCAGUACGUGACCGUGGGUGAUGGUGUGAUCUGCUUGGUGAUGACUCUCAUCUCCGCGGUCACCGUGGAGCGUCUGGGGCGGCGCAUCCUCCUGCUGUCUGGCUAUGCCAUCUGCAUCUCUGCCUGCCUGGUGCUGACCACGGCGCUCCUCCUUCAGAGCACGGUCCCCGAGCUGUCAUACCUUGCCAUCGUCUGUGUCUUCACCUUCAUCAUGGGACAUGCCAUAGGCCCCAGUACUGUCCCCUCGGUGCUGAGGACAGAGAUUAUCCUGCAAUCGUCUCGGACAGCUGCGUUAACAGUGGACGGGGCUGUGCACUGGCUCAGCAACUUCAUCAUGGGCUUGGCCUUCCCAUCCAUCCAGGUGGCCAUCGGGGCCUACAGUUUUGUCAUCUUUGCUGCACUCUGUCUCCUCGCGGCUGCUUACAUCUAUGUGGUAAUUCCUGAGACCAAGGGCAGGACAUUUGUGGAGAUAAACUGUGCUUUUGCCAAGAGAAAUGGAGUUGAAUUUCCACAAGAGAAAGAAGGAACCACAGCCAAGCCUCACCCGCCUUCUCUGCGUGCCAAGGAAACAUCCUUUUGAGGAUUCUGAGGGCGCACAUACUCCACCGUCCUUCUUUGAGAAGGUCACUCGGGGACCAGGCCUUUGGAGGGGAACAGCUCUGAGACUUUGGUGCUUCCUGUAGCAACUGGAAGACUUUGGAAAACACAGUCCUGAUGUACCUGACAAGGGCUGGCUUCUUGGCUCACCGUGAGGGAUGAUAUAGUGAUGAGGACGAAUGUAAGUGCUGAUUGGCAGGGGCCGACUCUCUGAUUCUAUCUUCAUUCCAAAACUUACAUGAGGUACGGAUGCAGUUUAAGCAUUGGAAGUUCAGGGUCUCAGCUUCAUGUUAUUAUAACAAAAUAACUGAAGCAAUUAACUGAUUUAAAAAAAAAUAUAGGCGGGAUGGUUGUUGCACUUGUCUUUAAUUCCAGCACUUGGGAGGCAGAGGCAGGCUGAUCUCUGAGUUCAUGGUCAGCCAGGCAGGACUACACAGAGAAACCCCAUUUCAGAAAAACCAAAACAAGGGGCUUGAGAGAUGGCUCAGCGGUUAAGAGCACCGGCUGUUCUUCCAAAGGUCCUGAGUUCAGUUCCCACCCACAUGGUGGCUCACAACCAUCUGUAAUGGAAUCUGAUUCCCUCUUGUGCUGACCGUGAAAACAGUGUUCACAUACAUAAAAAAAAAAAAGUAAAAAAAAAAGUAUAAAAAAAGAAAAUGUCAAUAUUAAAAAACCAAAACAAGUAAAUAUGUAAGUAAAUAAAUAAAUAAAAGGUGAUUUGGGCUCCUAUUCCUUGGGCUGCCCAAGACUGGGUGGACCUCGAGACUUUAUGCCUCUGGCAAACACAACCCAUCACUGUGGAAGUGUGUGGCAGAGAUUCAGGAAGUGGAGAGACACACAGCCCCUUUCAGAAUGUGCGACAAAUAAUCCAAGGACCUCCCAGGGGACCCACCUCUUGAGGGUUCUGCCACCUCCCAGCAGUCAGUGCCGUGGGUUGAAGACCAGGUUUCAACAUCUGAAACAUGGGGGACUCUCAUCCAGACCAUAAUUUCCAGUGGUUGUUGUGGAGGGGUACAAGAUAGUUCAAUCAGCUGAGUGCCCACCAUGCAAACCUGCUGAUUAGGGUCCUUGGUUCUUUGGGGAUUUACCAGUCUCAGUCAGGAUACCAGCAGUUCCAGCCAAACAUCGAAGCAGCAAACCGCAGCAGCAGCAGCAGCAGCAGCUACAGCAGGGGAUCACUCGGCAAAAGCGGCAAGACCCAAACAGCAGAGCCCAGUGAAGCAACAGAACUCCGCCAAAGCAGCACAGAAAGGUCUUUGGAGCGUUUCUGCCUCUGAAAACCAGAAAAGAGAUGCAAGCCAUUCGUUGAAGUUAGAGAUGCAAAAAGCGUUGUGUCACUGUCUGUGGGCUCCUAUUUAUCCCUUCUCAGAGUCCACACCAGGAUGUUUUCCAGCUAGCAAAACCCACACCCUCGCACGAGGUAGUUUCCGGCUGACAGAUAUCGUUCGCUUUUUCACAAGGGCUGUUUUCCACAGGGGAGAAAGCAUUCCCACACCCCACACUUGGAACCAAAAUAAAAACCAUAGUCGCCUGACACAACUGAGUUUCCCAAGAACCCAGAAACUUCCGCUUCAGUGCAUUUUUAUUUCGUGUGUGCGGAGACGUGCACUGGUGCCUGCAGAGGCCAGAGGAGGACUGGGUCCCCCCAGAGCUGGAGUUACCGGUGGAGUUAUUGGAGGCAGGCUGCCCGACGUGGGUGCUGGGAGCAAGCGGCAUUUUUCUGUUCCUCACGGCUGAGCUUCUCUCCCCGAGACUCACCACACACACACAGACACACA